GGUGUUUCUGCUGUUGCGGAGCCAACAUGGCGCAGUGUGCAGCUGCUGCUUUGGUGUAUUCUAACUGACUUGAGGGCAAGAUGGCAGCUUCAGUGGAAGACGAGUUUGAGGAUGCGCCUGAUGUAGAGCCUUUAGAGCCGACAUUAAAGAAUAUUAUAGAGCAGAAAUCACUCAAAUGGAUAUUUGUGGGUGGUAAAGGUGGCGUGGGCAAGACAACAUGCAGCUGCAGUCUGGCGGUUCAGUUAGCAGCGGUGCGAGAGAGCGUCCUCAUCAUAUCCACAGAUCCAGCACACAACAUCUCAGACGCCUUCGACCAGAAGUUCUCCAAAGUGCCCACCAAAGUCAAGGGCUACGACAACCUGUUUGCCAUGGAAAUCGACCCCAGUCUGGGUGUGGCGGAGCUCCCCGAUGAGUUCUUCGAGGAGGACAACAUGCUCAGUAUGGGGAAGAAGAUGAUGCAGGAAGCCAUGAGCGCUUUUCCCGGCAUCGAUGAGGCCAUGAGCUACGCAGAGGUCAUGAGGUUAGUGAAAGGCAUGAAUUUUUCGGUGGUGGUGUUUGACACGGCUCCCACCGGACACACUCUGCGUCUGCUCAACUUCCCCACCAUCGUGGAGAGAGGACUGGGCCGCCUCAUGCAGAUCAAGAACCAGAUCAGCCCCUUCAUCUCACAGAUGUGUAACAUGUUGGGGCUUGGAGACAUGAACGCAGAUCAGUUGGCGUCUAAACUGGAAGAGACGCUCCCUGUCAUCCGCUCAGUCAGCGAGCAGUUUAAAGACCCGGAGCAGACGACGUUUAUCUGCGUGUGCAUCGCAGAGUUCCUGUCUCUGUAUGAGACAGAGCGUUUGAUUCAGGAGCUGGCCAAGUGUCGCAUCGACACGCACAACAUUAUCGUCAACCAGCUGGUGUUCCCUGACAGCGAGCGGCCCUGCAAGAUGUGUGAAGCCCGACACAAGAUUCAGUCCAAGUAUCUGGACCAGAUGGAGGAUUUAUAUGAAGAUUUCCACAUAGUGAAGUUGCCCCUGCUGCCUCACGAGGUUCGAGGAGCGGACAAGGUCAAUACUUUCUCCAAGCAGCUGCUGGAGCCCUACAGUCCGCCCAAAAAGUGACUGAAAUGAUUUCCACGGAUCAAACACACACCAUCGCAUCCCUCGUCCCUGAUACACACAUCCCUCUGGUGUUGGCAUCUCCUCACCUUUAUUUUCCCCUCUCUCUUUCUCUCUCUGGUUUUCUGAUCAUGUCAUAACUGACACCGCCAUAUUGCUCCAGUGAUCCGUUAUGAAUGUCGGCCGAGAGUUAAAGGCCCUGUUUAGAAACAAAGUCUUGAUGGUUUACAUUGCUUUUUGAUGAUGUAUUUAAGCUUUAGAAACACUCAUUCCUGAUGCGUGUUUGAGAAAGGAGAUUCAUAUUGAUAUCACCACAGGAAUGUAGAUCUGGACUCUGAUUCAGUGCUUGAACAUGAGUUUUAUUAGUGUAAAUGUCUGUCACUAGCUCAGUUUUACCCGGCACAUCUGAUUUAGGAUCAGUGAAUGAUACCGUAAACUUUUGUUUCAGAUUCUGGUCAAUAUUAAUAGUCUUUAUUUUGGUUCCUGAUCUGGGCUGCGUUUCCCAAAAGCAUCGUAAGCCUAAGUACAUCAUCGACCCAUUGCCAUCAGUGGAGCUACAGUCAACUUAGGCUUACGAUGCAUUUGGGAAAGGCACCCCUGGUCAGUAUUGAUGUUCCAUGAGAGGGUCCAAACAUGGUGGAUGAUGCAUAUUUAGUGAGUUAAGGGAUAGUUCACCCCC